GCCACUCAGGGCUUGGGGGCGACUGCGGCGUGUGUGAGGAAAAGAUGCUAGAACCACAGGAGAAUGGCAUGAUUGACCUACCAGAUUAUGAGCAUACAGAAGAUGAAACUUUUCCUCCUUUCCCACCUCCAGCUUCUCCAAAGAGACAAGAUGGUGAAGGAGCUGAACCUGAUGAAGGGAGUGGAGUACCUGUUCCUGUACCUCCAAAGAGAACAGUUAAAAGGAAUAUACCCAAGCUGGAUGCUCAGAGAUUAAUUUCAGAGAGAGGGCUUCCAGCCUUAAGGAAUUUGUUUGAUAAGGCAAAAUUCAAAGGUAAAGGUCAUGAGGCUGAAGACUUGAAGACAUUAAUCAGACACAUGGAGCACUGGGCAAGGCUAUUCCCUAAACUACAAUUUGAGGAUUUUAUUGACAGAAUUGAAUACCUGGGAAAUAAAAAGGAAGUUCAGACCUGUUUAAAACGAAUUCGACUUGAUCUCCCUAUUUUACAUGAAGAUUUUGUUAGCAAUGAUGCUGCUGCUGGGGACAGCAGGGAAAGCUUGAGUCAGAUAUGA